GUGCUGGAAGAGAUCGAGUGAUAGGGUUGAGCCGGUCUCCGAGCAUGAGGACAAGUUGCAUAUUUCUACCGGACCGAUAACCAGAGCACGUGCCAAGAAAUUGGAGCACGCUUUGCAGAACUUAUGGACGAAUAUUCUGGAAGAGGCAUGCAGUUCGAGAGACGAGCGAGUCGACUCGGGGCUGAUUUUGGUCAUCAAGAGUGCUGAACCUCAUCAGUACACAUCGGGACAUUAAAUGAUGACCACAACCACCUCAAAUCGGGUUGAAUAUGCAUCCUAGAAGAUGGCCACCAAUUCUGGUUUGACUAUUAGGUUGGAAUAUGCCUUCUAGAAGAUGGUCACCAAAUCUGGGUGGAAUAUUAGGUUGGAAUAUCUGGUUGGAAUAUCUGGUUGGACUAUUAGGUUGGAAUAUGCCAUCUAGAAUAUGCUUGUUUUCCUUAGUUGUCUUCAAUUGCAAGAGCAUUAUAUAAGCUCCUCCCUAGGUUAGUUUUAGACACAACUCUUCUACCAUUUUUCCUAUCUUGUGAGAGAUAUUCUCCAAAUUGUUCUUGUUGAACUUAUGCUUCAAGGGUUGCAAGUCGAUUACUUGUAGUUCUUAAGCUUCUUAUAAUAUCGGUUUCUAGCUCUAUAUAGCUACGGGGUCGAUAUUCCACCUUUCGAAAUCUCUAUCUUGGACGAUCCGGGAUUUGAUUCCAUAUCAUUGUUGCUGGGUUCCGCGACGGAUUCGACGGGGUUCACAUCAUUUUGGUAUCAGAGCUUAGGCUCCAAAUUGAGGUUUCAUCUAUCCUUGUUCUUUCCUUGUUCACCAUUCUGGAAUUUUUAGAUCUAUCUUCCAUUUCUAUCCUUUCCAUUUAGUCUUGACUGAUCCGUUCAUAGCUAUUAAAAAAAAAAAUCGUCCAAAAAAAAAAACGUGAAAAAGAAUCAAAAAAAAAAAAAAAAAAGAGGAGAGGAGAUCUGAUUACACAGGCCUUAAGUAGAUCUGUCAUAGUUGCUUCCAUUCUGCUUUUCUCCGAUCGUAUUUGUGUCCAUUCCAUCUUUGAUUUGUCUGGGCUCAUUCCUUUUACAUACAUCUUGUCCAUCCAUAUAUCUCUUUGCUUCUUUGCUACUUGGAACUGAUAUUAUAAGUGGCUCGAGCGAACAAGUAAUUUCCUCAAGGACUUGUAAUUAGAUUGCUCAGUUCGUCCAGAACUUUGUGGAGAAAUCUGUGAGAGGAAAAAGGCCAGAGGGAGUGAGACCAUCAGAGGGUAAAAGCCAUUGUAUCGAGUGAAAUACGAGAGUUUGUGUGACAUCGAUUUGAGAGUAAACACGUGAGGGAGUGAUUGUGAGGUUCUUUUUCUCUAAUAUUUCUUUGCAGAUUUCAACAUGUCGCAAGAAGAUAGCGGGGGACAUGAGCAAAGUAGUGGAGGGCCUGGUCAAAGCACAAUUAUUCGGGCUAUGCAACAACAAUUUGAGCGAAUGAACAUGGUGCUCAAUACGAUUAAUGACCGGUUGGAGAGGCAUGAUGAGCGGAUUGACCAGUUGCGACAAGCUCCCAAUCAGCAACCAAGGAGGAACAAUAACCGACAGCCAGCACCUACUACUGAUCCAUUUGAUGGCCACGAGGAGGGAUCCUAUGAUGAUGAGGAUGAUGUGUCUUCCAUUGCCGCAAUGAGACGAGCUCGAGGAGCAAGGGCUGAGACGCCAUGGCGCGGACGUGGAAGGCGCCAAGAAAGAGACACCGUUGAUCGUAAUAUGGGGUCCAUCAAGCUGACCAUUCCUCCAUUCCAAGGCAAGAGCGAUCCCGAUAUUUACAUCGAAUGGGAAAGAAGGGUUGAACUGGUUUUUGAUUGUCACAACUACUCCGAGGAGAAGAAGGUGAAGCUUGCAGCUGUGGCAUUCACCGACUAUGCCAUAGUUUGGUGGGAUCAAUUGACGGUGAGUAGACGCCGAAAUGGAGAGCGACCUAUUGACAAUUGGGAGGGCAUGAAAGCUGUCAUGCGGAGGAGGUUUGUCCCAUCCCAUUACUACCGGGAUUUAUACUUGAAGCUGCAGAAUCUUAAGCAAGGGUCUAAGACCGUGGAGGAGUACCACAAGGAGAUGGAGAUUGCCAUGAUUCGCGCCAAUGUUGAGGAGGAUCGAGAGGCAACCAUGGCUCGGUUCAUUAGUGGACUUAAUCGGGAGAUUGCCAAUAUUGUGGAGCUGCACCAUUAUGUGGAGCUUGAAGAAUUGGUGCACAUGGCUAUGAAGGUUGAGAGGCAACUCAAGAAGGGGGGACGAUCGUCAUCCAGGUUCGAAUCCUCUAAUUCGAAUUCGAAGUGGACUUCCAAGUUUGAAGGGGCUGGACCUAAAUGGACUGGUUCGAAGCAAGAGGAGAAGGCCAAGGGAAACAAGCCCGCAACCAAGCCAUCAUCUGAUUCUAAGGAGAGGGAUGCCGAUGAUGUGGAGCAUGCUGUAUCGGGUCAAACUCUUGUUGUUUUGAGAGCUCUACAUGUGCAAGCCAAAGAAGAUGGUGAUGGGCUACAAAGAGAGAACAUUUUCUACACUCGAUGCCACGUGAAGGAUCGAGUAUGUGGACUGAUUAUUGAUGGGGGAAGCACUGUGAAUGUGGCAAGCAAGCUGAUGGUGGAGAAGCUUGGUUUGAGCACUCAAAAGCAUCCAAGGCCAUAUAGACUUCAGUGGCUGAAUGAGAGUGGUGAAUUAAAGGUGACAAAACAAGUGUUAAUCUCAUUUUCUAUUGGGAAGUACCAUGAUGAAGUUUUGUGUGAUGUAGUUCCUAUGAUAGCCAGCCAUUUGUUACUCGGGAGGCCAUGGCAAUUUGAUCGAAGAACUACACAUGACGGGUACAAGAAUCGGUAUAGUUUCAUCAAGGAUGGUCGAAGCAUGACACUUGCACCGCUGCCACCACAUCAAGUGUUCGAAGAGCAACUCCAAAUCAAAAGGUCCAGUGCUGAGAGUUCAAAAGAAAGUAAGAGAGUGGCUGAACCAAAAGAAAAGGAGAGUAAAAGUGAGAGGAAAGAAAUUCGAGAGAAAAGUGAGAAAGAGAGUGAAAAGAAAGAAAAAUGUGAGAGUUCAGCCUUGAAAAGAAAAGAGGGAAGAAAUUGA